CUAGACAACAUGCCCUUGCGAAGUUCUGGCAAGUUGAGCAUGGAGACCAGAAGAGAAGAUGGUGAGAGCACGGCACCUGCCCCUCCAGAGAAGAAACUGUCCUGUCAGUGCCACCACCACUGUCCUGAGGAUUCGGUCAACAGCACCUGCAGCACUGAUGGCUACUGCUUCACCAUAAUCGAAGAAGAUGAGUCUGGUGGACAUUUAGUCACCAAGGGAUGUCUUGGAUUAGAGGGCUCGGACUUCCAGUGUCGGGACACUCCUAUUCCACACCAAAGAAGAUCUAUUGAAUGUUGCACAGGCCAAGAUUACUGUAACAAACACCUUCACCCUACGCUGCCACCACUGAAAAAUCGAGACUUUGCGGAAGGAAACAUCCACCAUAAGGCCCUGCUGAUCUCAGUGACUGUUUGCAGUAUACUUCUGGUGCUUAUCAUCAUAUUCUGCUACUUCAGAUACAAACGCCAAGAGACGAGGCCCCGCUACAGCAUCGGGCUGGAGCAGGAUGAGACCUACAUUCCCCCUGGGGAGUCCCUGAAGGAUUUGAUCGAGCAGUCCCAGAGCUCAGGGAGCGGCUCCGGGCUCCCUCUCCUGGUAAGGAAGCACUAUUAUUUUAAUGCGAGUUUAAAAGGCAAAAAUGAGUAG